UCUGCGCAUGUGCAGUCGACAGCGCUCUCGCCGUUUAUUAAUUUUUAAUGGAAAAUGGCUGCGUUUUUCGUCCAAAGCCGCGGAGCCACAAGAUUAAAAAAAAAGAACAUAAAAUACCCUUAUUUUUACGGCCUAUAUUUGGCGUUUUGAUGUUUCAAAACUCGGCCGCGCGAUGCGGUGACGGCCCCCCUGAGAAGCACGAAAGCGGUGUCGGUGAAACAGUGAGGCAAGAAAAGAAAUUGACCCGUUUGCGCUCUGAGGGAUGAAAGAUCUUUUUUUUCUUUUUUUGGCUCCUUGUUGACUCCUUCCGCGCCGACCAUUAAGCAAAGAAGAUGAUGCGCCAGGUGUCAAGCGGUGACUUCUGCAUGAACGCACGGCCGUCGUGCCUGGCCGAGGACGCCCACCACCCCGCCGCGCACUUUGACCUGUGCCCAUCCCAGCCCAACAAGUUUUACCCGCCUCCUCCAGGGCCUCCGCCCCCGUCCCUCCAGAUGACGCUGGCCCCCAUGGCGCUGCCCGGCCCUGGCCUCAAGCCCAUGCUGUGCCCCCGACAGGAAGUCCUCGCGUCCGCCAAGCUCCCAACCGUCAAAAGCGGCGACCCGGCGGCUACGCCGGACGAUGGUAAGAAGAAGAACAAGGGCGCUGGGAAGACGGGGCGUCGCGGGCGCCCCCUGGGCACCACCAAGCUGGCGGGCUACCGGACCAGCACGGGGCGCCCGCUGGGCACCACCCGUGCCGCCGGUUUCAAAACGAGCCCCGGGCGGCCCCUGGGCACCACCAGGGCGGCGGGCUACAAGGUGAGCCCCGGGCGGCCCCCCGGUAGCGUCAAGGGCCUCUCCCGCCUCAACAAACUGGCAUACGGCGGCACGUGCAGCGGGGCCGCCUUCCCGUACCCGCUAGCGCACAAGGAGAUCCUCUGCGAACCCUCCUGCAAGGACAAGACCCCCACAGAGGGAGGUAACCCCCCUUUUAGUCCCAUUGAGGGAUGAUAGGAUUUAUUUUUAUUUUUUUAAUCAGCCUUUUCUAUUAUCUCACAAACAAUAUUUCUUCACACUCCUGCUGGAGCUUUGAACUACUUCCUUGGAAAAAGACUUUUGUGCUACCAACGCGUCCAGUGAAGGCACCACGAAUGUUGCAUUCAACAGUUAGGACACUCGAACGUUUUUUGGGGGGAAAUGGGAAUCCCGUCCGGAAAUUGACCAAGUAAGCAUGAUGUGACGUGAAGUUAGCUACACGGACAUGGCUAUGUCACACUUUUUUGGGGGGGACCGGUCCUGUGCGUGUGUGUGUGUAAUAACAAUAGUGUUCCCCCGCAUAUUGGCGUUCAGGUUUUUUUUUGUUUUUUUGGGGUGGUGGGGGGGACUUAUCCUCCGUUAUUUGCUGAAAAACCUAUUCAAUGUUUUUGUACUCUGCUCCUGUCUGAUGUAAUAGUAUCGGUUAGUUACCAACUAUGUCUAAGUGAAGGGAGGAGCUUCAUUUCAACAGGAAAAGUAGUGCUUUGGCGCCAUCCUGUGACACAUGGGCAUUCAUGCACAGUUUUCAUGUCGGAAAGACAACUAUUUUGGCCGCCUGAGCAACAUUUUUGGAAAAAUGGAAUCCCAUACAGAAAUUUACAUUUAAGUUAGCAUGUUGUGAUAAGAAGGAGCUAAACGGGCGUGGCUACGUGUAGCACUUUUUUCUUGACAGGUCCACCGUUUGCGUGUUUCUAAUAACAAUACAGUAAUGCAUGCAGGAGGUGUGAGUCGGGCAAAAUUGUGGUGUAAAUACCAGUAAAUUUUAGUGACAUCAUAAUUCAUGUAAUAAUAAUCCCUUGGACCACCUAUUGCAUAUGUCAGAUUAUUGUUAUCUGUGAUUGGCCAGCAACCAGUCCUCUCGCCCCAACAUCAGAUGGGAUUGGCUAAAGCUCACCUGGAACCCGCAAAGGUGCUCUGGAAAAUGGAUGGAUGGAUGAUUACUGUAUUAUUGUUUUGAUUUUGAUUUUCUUUUUGCUCUUGGAUGUGCGCCAUAUUCUGGAUUGAUUCAAAAUUGGUUGCCCCGCACAAUGUUGUGGGAAGGGGACUAGUCAUUUGCAAUAUACUUCUCAUUAGAAAAAGCAUAUUACUAUUUUUUUUUUAAUAGGUUAACAGGGAUUCAUAUUGUUUUUUAAUUUAAAUUGUAUUUUAUUUUUAAAUUCGGAAAAAAAGUUUUGUGACUAUUACGAUUAAUGUAUAAUAUAAUACAAAGUAGUUGAUUUUUUUUGUCUUUUCAAUUUAUUUUUAGUUCACUUUUUAUUAUAAAACCUAUAUCACUAUUAUAAUAAUUAAGUUGUUAUUAAUAAAUAAUAAUUUUUAUUAAAUGUUCUGUUGAUUUUUUUUUUUUUUUUUUUUCAUUAUUCUUACUUCCUUUAACGACAAUUUUUUCUUUUAUCACAACAAUAGAAAUUAAUUAUUUAGCAAAUUAAUUCAUUAAUUUAUUCUCGUACUUUAUUAUUUCUACUCAUUGUAUUUUUUUAUUAAAUUAAAAAAAUGUUUUCUUUUUCUUUUUUUGUUUGUGCCCACACCUCAAUUUGCAGACAGGGAGCGCUGUUCCUCCACACGCGCAUACAUGAAUGUGAGCUUUAUGUGUUUUAAUGCUCCACAUAGCCAAGCUUAAAGGCUUGAACCGAUGAGUCGACUAGCCGACGAGUCGACUUUAUUCUCUCCAUCGACAUUGAAAGCUGGAAGUUGACUAGUCGCUGAUCACUUGUUUUUGGCAUCUCGUUUCCCAAUUUGCUGUUCUUCACAGGCUGGUGUCAGGACUUGCGUUUAACCCCCACUAAGCAUACAUGCAACAUUAUCGUCAAUUAUAAUGUCAUUGUUCAAGUUAAUUAUGUCGUUUUUUUUUUUGGGGUUAUUUUGAAAAGUAAAACAGUACUGACGUGAUGAAAUAAGAAAGCAAAAACCUCUCCAAUUUGGCCCCUUUUGUGUUGGUAAGCACUCCAGAAAUAUUUGUUUUGGUGCAAUAAUCGUGUUAUAUGUAUUGUACUGUAGUACCUUUUGAUAGUAGUCAUGUUUAGUAUUAUUAUUACACCAGUGUUUUGAUAAAUGUGUACAGUGUGUGUGCGUGCGUCUGUGUGGCUCGCCUGGACCAAAGAAUAUGAAUGAUGUCAUCAUCACGCGACAUGAAAUUAAUUUCUGCACGAGUGUUUUUUAGUAUAAAAUAAAAAGAUAACAAAAAGCACUUAAAGCGCAGCAUCCCAUUCAAGCUGAGAAAGAUCGUCACUUUCACCCACCAUUAUAUUAGGUACUGAGGGUACCUAAUGAAGUGGCUGUAAAACACAUUAACACAACACGUUAGGUUAGUUUUUCCUCCUUUUUCAAAAUAUAAGUGAUGUUUACGUAGCCACAUUUAAGUAAUGUUUUUUUGAAGAUAUUAACCUGUUUCACAUUGCAACUGUCAUGCUCAUAAUAUACAAGUGCAUCUUAAUAAAUUAGAAUAUGGUAGAAAACUUAGUUUCUUGCAGUAGUUCAACUGAAAAGGCAAAGCUCGUAUAUUUUAAGAAAAUUCUUUUCAAAAGGUCAACUACUACCUAAUUUCUAUAUUUAAAAAAAUGCACUUUUCAGCCGGGAUAACAGUAAAACACAAACAUGUGCGUGCAGGAGCUGAUGUCUGCCACAGCUCACGCCCAGUCACUCACAUGUUACACGCCACCCCGCCAGGCCCCGCCUCCUAAAGGCAAAUGCAUGUACACAGACGCAACUGUACUUACAGUAUUUUCUAUACACUUUAUGCAUGAAUUUUUAUUUUUUAUUUUUUUAGUUCAUAUACAUUUCCAAGGUGUUUAAAAACUAUGUUUUAAAAAGUUUCAAUGUGUUUAACGUGUGUGGGAGCGUUCAAACUUGUAAAUGUUUGUUAUAUGGUCUCUCUAUAUCGUAAUUACUCACAUAUUGCGGGUGGGUCUGGUAAGGAUCCCCCACUAUAUUCUAAUUUAUUCAGAUGCACUUGUGUAGACUGUAUUAAGUUAAACAUACAAAAAGUGGUCCACCCCAUGGUUUCGAUGCGCUAUGAGAGAAAGGACAAUAGCUCAAAAGUCCUUCUCAUGCAUUAAAAAGUCAACAAAAGUCAUUAAACAGCAUUUUAAAAAAUCUCUUUAAGACUCUUAGUGAAACGAAAGGUGCAAGAAAUGAGCUGUUCAGUUUCUUGUAUCACUUUAUAAUACACGUAAGCCUAAAAAUAAACCUGUUUUGUCAUUCAGGUCAUGAUUAUAUACUGAAAUGUCAGGAAGGAUGAACAUGAAUGGACUGUGCUCGGUUUGAAGCUAUUAUUUCCGCUUGCUGCCAUCAUCAGUAUAACAUCAAGACCUGUAUAUAAUGUUGACAAGGUUAAGUGUGAAUGGUAAUGUUAAAAAAAAAAAAAAAAAAAAACAACUUUGUAUAUAUAGUUGUUUAUUUUACUCCUGCAUGGUUGUUGUGGAAUGUCCAAGAGUUGUGUAAUAAAGACAAAAGUGAAAUUGUUA